AUGGCGCACAGCUGCCGCACAGCUGUCACAGAAAAUGACAUUGGUGCUUUAGCAGUUGCCAUAGUAGGCCUAACCAUCAUUCUCGGGCUGGGCCUUGGACUGGGACUGCAGCUGAAAGACUGCCAGAAACCUGUGGUUGCUACGUCGUGUAGGAGUCGUUGCUAUGAGCCGUUUGAUGAGGAGGAGACGCCGGGUUGCCGCUGUGACCAGCAGUGUCACGAGAGCAACAGCUGCUGCUACGACUUCCAGGACACCUGCCUACAGCCAAGUCAGCAGUGGGAGUGCACACGGCUCAGGUGUGGCGAGAAGCGUCUGCCGCAGAGUAACUGCCACUGCUCUGACGACUGCAUGAGCGCCGGAGACUGCUGCACUAACUACCAGAGUGCCUGCCAGGGGGAAACAACAUGGUUGGAAGAUGAAUGUCCUGACAUGGCUCAGCCCAGCUGUCCUGCAGAGUAUGUCAAUAUGCAGCCACUGCUGCUGGUCUCCCUGGAUGGCUUGAGAGCAGAGUACCUGCAGACCUGGGCCCACCUGCUGCCCGUGCUCACCAAGAUGAAGCAGUGUGGCGUUUCAGCACCGUACAUGCAAGCUGUGUUUCCCAGUAAGACCUUCCCCAAUCACUACUCUAUAGCAACGGGCCUAUACGCGGAGUCCCAUGGCCUGGUCGAUAACAGCAUGUACGACCCUGUGUUUGACGCCUCCUUCAGCCUGUCCAACUCUGAGAAGGAUAACCCACGCUGGUACUAUGGCCAGCCGAUCUGGCACACAGCACGCUACCAAGGACUCAAGUCCGGAACAUUCUUUUGGCCCGGCUCUGACGUCAAGAUCAAUGGAAGUUAUCCCAACAUAUACAUGCCAUAUGACGGAAAAGUACCUUUUGAGAAAAGAGUCUUCUCAGUGCUACAAUGGCUGCGACUGCCAGAACAUGAGAGGCCAGAUUUCUACACGCUGUACCUUGAAGAACCAGAUAAAUCAGGUCAUUCCUACGGGCCCGUGAGCGGAGGGCUCAUCCAAGGAGUCCAGGGGGUAGACAAGAUCGUUGGGCAACUGAUGGAUGGCCUGAAGAUGUUGAAACUCACUCAGUGCCUCAACAUCAUGAUUGUAGCAGACCAUGGAAUGGAGGAAACCAGCUGUGCCAGAAAAGAAGUGCUUCAGGACCUGAUAGGAGAUGUGAGCGGCUACUAUGUCAGCGAGGGACCUUUUGGGAGAAUCAGACCCAUUGACAAAGACCAGCGUUUUGACUCAGCCGGGCUGGUGGCAAACAUGACGUGUAAGAAACCUGCACAGAAGACCAAGGCGUACCUGAAGGCUCAUCUACCUAAACGUCUCCACUUCGCCAACAGCAGGCGCAUUGAGGACGUUGCCGUCUUGGUAGAAGCCAAAUGGCUUUUUGAAAGGUAUCCAGGGUCACUGACCUUUUGUGCUGGUGGGACCCAUGGAUGGGACAAUGAUUUUUACAGCAUGCAGGCCAUGUUCCUCAGCUAUGGCCCGAAGUUCCUCUCACAUGCAGAAGUGGAACCAUUCUCCAACGUCGAGCUGUACAACCUUAUGUGUGACGUUCUGGAAAUCACGCCGGUGGAGAACAACGGUACCCACGGCAGUAUGAACCACCUGUUGAGGAAGCCCUGGUUCAGCCCACAGCACCCAGCCGAGCAGAACCGGCCUGCCCAGUGCCCCCUGCUCACACUCAGCCCGGGCGACGAGCUGGGCUGCACCUGCCCUGCACUGGCUGGGAACAACCUUAACUCACGUCUCAAUCUGACCGCAAGUCAAGUUUCCAGUGCUGAGAGGAAGCACAUGCCCUUCGGGAGGCCGAGAGUGAUGCAGGCUGACGCUGAGUACUGUGUGCUACAUCACCAUGGCUUUGUCAGCGGCUACAGCACAGACAUCCUGAUGCCCAUGUGGAGCUCAUACACCCUGGAGAAACCGGCAAGUGAAGACCCUCUUCCAGGUGUCAUACCCGAUUGCUUGAGAGCGGAUGUGAGACUCGACUCCAACCAAAGUGCCACCUGUGAGGAGUACAAUGCGGUGCCGGCUGCUGCCCAAUUCGCCUCAGCCUUCCUCUACCCUCCCAAUUUGAAUGAGUCUGCGGAUGAGCAGUAUGACUCCCUGAUGAUGAGCAACGUCGUUCCCAUGUAUCAUCCGUUCAAGGGAAUCUGGGAUUACUUCCAUAAUGUGUUGCUGAAGAGAUAUGCAACGCAGUACAACGGUCUGAACGUGGUGGCUGGUCCUGUCUUUGAUUACAACUAUGAUGGACGAUAUGACUCUGCUGACCAAAUCAAAAACUAUGUGCCAGGAUCAGAGAUCCCCAUCCCCACCCACUACUUCCUGGUGCUGACAAGCUGUCACAACUCCUCCGGGCCUGUCGAGGGCUGUCCAGAGCAGCUCCAGACUGUUUCGUUCCUCAUACCGCACCGGCCAGACAACACAGAAUCAUGCAGCAGUUCACAGCCUGAAAGCCAAUGGGUGGAGGACCUGCUGUGGUUCCACCAGUCGCGAGUGAGAGAUGUAGAGCUCAUCACUGGACUAGACUUCUAUCAGGACAGCAGCCGGCCAAUCGCAGAGCUUCUACAAGUCAAGACCCGCCCCACUGCAGCCAUUUUCAGGAAGACCUAAAAACCAGCGAAAGAAA